CGCGGGGCCCCCCAGGAAACGCUGGACUGUUUCGUGACCCUUGCGCCUUUCUGUGCCUCUUUCUGUAUUUUCCGGGUCGGCGGCAAGGAAAUUCCGUGGAUUUGUGGGUGUGUCUUCACAGCCUCACACGCUUUCGUGUCUGGACGGACGCUUCUUCUGUGGGAAUGGAAAAACCAAACAAGACACCUAAACCAAGCGGGGCCGCGUCGCUUCCCUGGAUUCUCCGGUUGCGCUUGGCUUUCUCCAGUCUUUGGAGGAAACAAAGGUCACGGAUGGUGUGCAAAAGAUGUUCUCGUAGGAACGAAUGCAGACGGAGUUUGUUCUGGAAACAACGUAGGCACGUGAGGAGCAAAACCCUUUAUCCGUUGUCUAAUCGGAAAACAGGCAGAACAACAGGGGAACACAACGGCAGAGGGUUUAGGGAAAGUUAGAACAACGAAAGUUGAGGUUGUCCUGAGUUCAAGAGGUUCCCAGAAGUUAUACAUAAAAACUCUGCGCAGCUAAGACUCUCUUUUCUGUUCGUUUUAAGUGACAGAAAAGUCUGCUUUUUCUCGACUUAAAAGGAGAAACGAAAUGGCGCAUUGGCACAGCUAUGGUUUUCAAUUUUCUCUCCCUUUCGACAGAGCCGACCUCCAACCUGUCUGUGGUUCCUAGACGGCAACUGCCUUCUUGCUGUGCGUUGUCCGAGCUGCAUCUCCGAAGUCAGGAACCUGUGAACGUCACUGCCUUUCAGCUUUGACGAAGAACGUUUUUCUCUCUUUAAGAAUCGCAACCAACUGUUGUCUCCCCGAGAGCUCCCGACACGUUGCUGUCGCCUCUCUCGAUUUCGUGUUUGUUUCUUCGCACUGCAUGACAUAUUCGCUCUCUUGUCUUUCUGUCCGCUGAUCCACUUCCGCGCGUUUCCCCCACUGACUGUCUCUUUUCCGCCUCCCCUCAUUUCCUCACUUCCUUCAACACUUUCUGUUCUGAAUUCUUUCCUGGCCUCACGUUCCUUCCUUCUCUCAUCUCUCCGCCCUGCGAGCGAGUCUCCUGUCGCACGUCGGAGAAACUCAAAGAUUCGGUCAAUCUCGCCGCUAGGGCGCUGCGUCGCACCCUCCGUCGGUCAGUGCCCUGCCCCUGUCUCCUCGUUUUUCUCUGCGAAUUUUGAAGGACAUGGCGGACUUGAUGCUAGCGUGGGUAAACAGUUUUCCUCUGUCGAGGAAGGUGGUGCAUUUGGAGAGCGACUUUGCCUCCGGCUUCCUCUUCGGCGAGUUGCUGGUGGCUGUGAAGCAGCUGGACAACAUCAGCGGAUUCGUAGACAGUUCCGCAGCGAGUGCGGUGGUGAGGAAUUUUUGUCUCUUGGAGCCGGUCUUUCGUCGCCUGGACAUCAAGUUCGAUUCCGUCAAGAUGCAGGCGGUUAUUGAGGCGCGCGAGGGCGCAGCUCUGCGUGUGCUGUUUCAGCUGAAAGUCGCUCUCAGUCGCUUCUCCAGAAACUGUGGCCGAACCCCGUCAGAUCUCGCGCGAGUCCUGAGACCUGCCGCACACGCUCCCGCCUUUGAGGCCUUCCAAGCGCGCUGCGUCGAAGCGCGCCUGAAGGAGAUCACCAAGACGAGCACCGAGGCGGAGACUCACCCGGUUCUGAGCAAAGUCGAGAUAGGCAAAUCCUCGUGGACAUCUGGGGACAGGCAGUCACAGACGCGGACGAACGCUGCGAUCAAAAACGAAACUUCGCACGAGGUUUCUGCCUCGCCUCUCUCGCGAACCAGCCACACACACUUCCCACAGCGAGAAUCCACAACCAGAAGAGACCGGGAGCAGGGAAGACACAGAGCAGAAGGCGACAUUGAAGCCCCGACCGCGCCAGGCGCAAACCGAAGCGGCAGGGUGUCCUCGAAAUCCACCCGAGAUAAGAAAGACAAAGGAGAAGAACGAGAUGAACGGAGAGGAGAACAAAGCGAAGAACAACGAGGACAGCGAGGGCAAGGAGAGCGAGAUGAGAGAGAGAAGCGAAGAGAAGUUGAGACGGAGAUUCUUCGUCGCCGGGUGCUCCUGGAAGCCCGAGUGCGAGAGGAGCGGCUGAGUCGAGCUCAAGCGAAGGAGCGAGACACUCGGGAGGCUGUCAAAAAAGACAUUGAAACGUUUGAAAUGAAUCUCCAGCGCCUCGGUCUGAGCCACUCGGGGAGUGCCGGUGUCUCUGUGUCUGGCGAAUACCUACGAAGCCCCGGGUCGCUCCUCGCCUCUCUCUCUAAACUCGCGUCUCCCAGCUUCGGAAGGCAGGAGAACAUGAAGAUGCUUGCGCGACUGCAUGCGGCGCGGCGCGCGCAGGAAGUAUCUCGGAAGGAGCGCGACAAAAGGCGACAAAAACUCCUGAUGGAGCAGACGCAGGCGCAUGCAAACCGCUUCGCGGAGACUGUUGCCGACGGGGUCUUCCGACGGUUCCGUCGCCUCCCCAGUCGUGCCGAAAGAGUGGAGGAAAGUGUGUGGCGAGUGCAGCAACUCGACGCGGUGAUGUCGCAGAACCGCGAACUCCGAGACAGCCAUGAACAGCGCGUCGCGGCGCGAGAGAGGCAAGUUCGAGACGCGCGACAACUCCAUGUUUCUAUCGAAACACAGGAACGUCUCCGCCGGGAGGUCGCCCUCGAGGCCCAGCAGUGUCGCGAGUGGAAGAGGCAGAGAAAGGCGAAGCGACGCGCGAGCUUGAUUGAAGAGUGCAGCGGCAUCCUCGAUCUCUUUGUCGACCUCGCGGUCGCCGCAGCUCGCUUCCACCAAGAUCGGGACUUAACUGCAGUCGACUCAAGAACGUGGAGAGGGUGGCUUGUCUGCUUCGUCGAAGGCGUCUCCGCGUUGCCGACGCAGACCUCGCAGGCGCCGCGAUUUCGCUCCGAGUCGAAGACUCCAACAGAAGCCUUAUUCGGCGAGCAUGUGCGUGGUGACUACGGGGAGUUGUUUGCCUUGGGCGAUGCUUCGAAAGGGAAAGGCGACGCGACAGCCGCUUCGGAGUUCCACCGUCGUCUCCUCUCUCCCGAUUUCCUCAGGUUCCCCGGGCCUCAAUCCUGUCCCCACGGAGAGGGUGCGCUCUCACCCGCGGGCCUCGGUCCCCGUUCACCAGUGCCUCUGGGGACCUCUGAGGGAGUGCAUGCGCGACUGAAUGAAGACGAUUUUUUGCAUUACCUGAACAGCGCCGGCGAGUUCGACCCCGAAGAGACUCGACAGGCGAUGCCCGAGGCCUUCGCUUUCCUCCGGACAGCGAGCGUCGACGGGGAGACGCAGAGGGACCUCUUCGACUCCGAGGAGACUGUGGAGGAGCUGCGCAGAUUCAACGAAGCGAGUGCGGGGGAGUUGCCGCAGACAGAGAUCGUGAAACAACCGAAUGGCGAACCUGCGUUGUAUCGAAUAGGGUCGAUCGUCGGAACGCUUUUGGAUUUGCUUCACCCAGAGGCGCCGGUGAAGCCUCCCGAAGAGGUCCCGAGAAACGCUCUGAAAAUUGUCAUCACAGGAAAACCGUUUUCUGGGAAGAAGACCCUCGCUAAACGACUCGGUCAACGAUUUCGCCUUCACGUCUUCUCCCUCGAAGACGUCCUUAAAGAAAGUCUAGAGGGCAUCGACAGCGGAGCUGGUCUUGCGCAGCCAGUCGAAGUUGCGCAGAAUACUUCGUCACCUCUCGUUUCGCCUCCAACAGACCUCGAAAACACACAUACUGCAACACAAGGAGACAGGCAACCUCCAUCACAUCGGCCCUCCUCUCCACCAUCGUUUUCGUCUCCCAGUUCGUCGCCUUUGACUGGUUCUGCCUCUAGUGCCUCCUCUGCUGCUUCUGGUUCUGCUUCUUCUUCCACUGCCGUACCCUCUUUGAGAGCUUUGGGGGCGGAGGCAUUCGAGACGCUGAGGCGAGGAGAGAAGCUGCGAGACGCGUUGUCAGUUUCGCUGCUUGUUGCAAAGAUGAGAACGUUUCCAGAUGUCGACAGAGAAGCGCUGGUGCACUUUCUCGAGGCCGGAGUGAAGAAGGACGGGGAGAGUCUCGCGAAGGAGAAGGCACCCGCGAGCCGGGGGAGGGGUCCGCAGAAACCGGGCAAAGAAAGGCCUUCGAAGGAGACAGGUGGUGAGGAAAAUCAGCAGAAGCUCGGGUGGAUUCUUGUCGGAUUUCCUCAGACCUACGAGCAGUGCGUCUCGUUGGAAGAGCGGUUGUCGGGAUACGUUUCACCCGAUCGGAGACUGGAAAGCCGAGCUCGCAUCGAAAAAUCCAACGCCUCUCUGGUUGUCCCCAUUCCAGAAAGUUUCCAAAGCGAGACUAGCCUCAUUCCAGGUGGCGUGGAUCUCCACAUUCUCCUCGAUGUACCCACUGAGGAGGUCCUCUUGCGAGCGCGGAAUUCUUUGCAACUUCACAAACCGCAAGACGAAAGCAAAGGCAUUCUGGAAAAUGCACUUUCCAAAACCCCAACAGACGACGCCGGAGCCUCCCAAACAAAAAUUUCCAUUGCAGAUGAGUGUUGCCACUUUGAGAUCGAGCAAAAGGUGACGCAGCUCUUCCUUGAACGCUUCGGAUUUCCUGACGGGCAACGGCGUCUCCUCGCGCUGCCGCCCAAGCCGGAAAAUGAGCUUUUUCUUGCAGCCUCGGAAAAAAUUGAGGCAUUGCUUGCCCGGAAACGCCGAGACUUCGAACUCGACACGCAUGCAGAUUCUGGGGAAGCUCAGGCGACUUUGACGGAGAAGAAGGAAGACACAAGGCUUCUGGAGGAGUCCGAGGAACAGCCUCCCGACACCAGCUGCCUCUCGCCGCGGCCGCUUCCACGGCCUCCAGAAGUCUUCUCGAGCUCGACGUCAGAGUUCGAUGAAAGUCAGCUCUGGCGAAAGCGGUUGGAGCCUCUCGAAGAAUCGGUGAAACAGUUGCUUUUAGCUGAGUGGAGAGCUCUCCAGGAAGACUACACGUCCAGCCUGUCGACGUUGUUUGUAUGGCACCGCCGCGUGCGAGAUGACAUCAGUCGGAGCCUCGUCGACUUGCAAAUUCACUUUGUCGACUUGCUGGACAGUCCAGACAACAAGCAAGAGCUCGUCGACGCCUUUCUUCAAGAUUACAACGCCUUCGCUGCGCAACUCCACCACAGCCUGCGCCUCGAGGAAGUCAAGGAAGAAUUGCACCAACAAGUGGACGACCUCUCAGACGCCCUCUGGCAGCAGAUCGACGCUCGGCGCUGCGAUGCUGUAGCCGAACACAAACAACUGUCUGAACUGGGGUGGAUUGAAACAACUUGCCAAGUUCUCGCCGUCCAGACAGAAGCCUUCGUUGAUGCAGAAAUCCGCAGGUACCUGGCACUCGAGCGGUUUGUGACUGACGCGUACUACAACGUGAUGGGCGCAUGCAUGCCUGAGAGGCGGCAGACGUCAGAUGUCGCGCAUGCACUGAGAGAAGUUUCGCUCGCAGUGGCGCAGCAGGUUGUCUGUGCGUUUUUUCCUCGCGCGCUCCCGGACGGCGCUGCAGAGCCUCCGUCUGCGAAAAUAUGGCAGGCGCAUCUCCUCGAGGCCUUCGAAGCGAAGGCACGGGAAUGCCUUAUUCCGCUUUCCGAGUUCGAGGACUACAUCCCAAGCCUGCAGGAGUCUGAAAAGAAAAAGACGACGAAGGCACGAGCUGUGAAAGAGGAGGUAAAGAAGCCUGUAAACAGUUUGUUUUUCGAGUUGCAGCAUCUGCGCUUGGAGCUGCAGCUGCAGCUGCUUUGGCGCGUUCGAAAGGCCUGCGUCUGGGGCAUCGCGCGCCUCCACGAGACAGCUAGCGCAUGCAGCGACGCAUUCGCUCGCAUGGACGACUGGAUUGUCGGAAAGUGUCUAGCAGAGCAUGCAGCCGUGAAAGCGCUGACAGAUCGCCUCAAAAUUUGCAUCGAAAACGAGAGGCCGGUGCCAUAUUACAUGGAACUCGCAGGGACUGAACUUCGUCUCGACCCGAAUGCAAUUCUUUGUCCGCCGACGCAACCGCUUCCUCCGCUGCGCAUUGCGGAGAUUCCAGAUGACAUCUUCACUGUGAAGCAAAUCCAAGAAUUUGUUUGGGAUUUGAAGCAAGUGACGACCAACGGCAUCGUUUCAACCAUGGCGCUUCGGGAAAUUCUCUUGAGGCGGCUGACGCAUUCGAAGUGCUUUCGCACUCCGCGUUUGCCGCGGUCCUGGCUGACGGUUCCAGUUUCUCAACUAAGUCUCAUUCCGGAUUAUUUUGACGUUUCUUCUGGAUGUAUCGACCCGCUCGAGUUCCUACUCUCCCUGGCGCUCGGCGCGUGCGGAUGGCCGUCAGAGCGACAGCUCCUGCAGCUGCGAAGCUCAGUAGGGCGCGUGUGCACAGCGCGCGAGGGCGGCAACCCCGCCUUCGAGGCAUCUCCUCUGGAGGUGUUUUUGUCGAAGGAAGAGUUUCUGCGACUCGACUUUUCGGACUGGAUUCCGACGGAAGAUGCACGCAAGAUUCACGAGGAAGAGACGCAGUGCGACCCGUUCAAAGACGAGGUGCCUGCACAGGGCCGAGAUCUUCUUGAGGCGCUUUUUGACGCGUUUGUUGCCUUUCAGAACAAACACAACCUACGCUCAUGCACUGAAGACAUCGCACUUCUUGAGGAACUUGGAUAUUGGAAGGAAGGCAACACCUCGACAGUCUCUCCUUCGAACCUGUUCACGCACGCAAACACAAGCAACACGAAUGCCAACGCAAAACGGUAUCUACCGAGCUCAGGUGCCGCAACUGAAGAGAGUAGCAGCCUCGCAGGAACGACUAGCAACGCCGCGCCUUGUCAGAAUGGAAACUUUACUCGCGCGAGAGUUGCCCCUUGUCCCACAAAAACGCCUUCUUUUGACGGUGUCGGUAGCCACGGAGGAGACGGGGAGGCAAACAGGGAAAAGUCUGCCUUCAGAGGCGAUCAGAACGCAGUCCUUGAAUCAGAGUCGGGAGCGGUAAACGGGGAGGCUUCGGACGAGGAACAGACGCGGGAAGUAAAAUGCACGCGGCUACAAAGUGUCGAGUCUGAGGAAGACGACGGGGGAAGAAAUCCUCGAAAAUCGAAAAUUUACAUGCGAAGGUUUCUGGGAUAUUUAUCUCUAGGAAAAACCCCAGGAGAAGGCAUGCAGCGUUUCUUGGCUGCAUGUACCGAACGCGAAUCUCUUGGCUCUCCAGCAGAGCUGAGAAGCACCGACUUUCUUUCUGUUCGAGACACUUACACAGCUUGUUUGUUUAUGGGAGUUCGUCCGGCCUUGCGUUCCCUCCCCGUUUGCACAGAAAUCUCUUUUGAGGAAUUUCGGCAGCUUUUGCAGUUACAGAAGAAAAUUAUUUUGGUUGAUCGCUGCGCAUCCGGGCGGGAAGCAGACAUCUGUGGAGCAGAAACCGUCCGCGAAGAGAGAGUCCAGAUCCUCGAUUUCAUGAGUUCCUCUGUAGCCGCAGAAAUGCUCUCUCGCGUAGGCUAUCUUUCGAUCAGAAGGGAUGUCAAAGAUUUCUUACGCACAGAAGCAACAGUCAUAAACGAAAAGCCACCGAAGCCUGAAAGGGACGGCUAGGAAGCGCUGAAGGGUCGGCGUGUGACAAGAACACUCUGCUGCUGCCGCUACUAUGAUUUAACAUAAGCAGCUGCGGCCUGACAGACGCGUUUUUCUGUUUUGGGGGACAUCUUCGGAAGACCAGAUAUCGAAGACAUUAAGGAAGAAGGAAACAUCGGAGAUUUAAGAUGACUCUUGGACGCUACAGGAACCCGCAGCUGACGAAGUGCCGAUCUGCGUUUAACAAGGUCGAUGACGUGGCCCGUCUGUAUCGAAAAGUUUUGGCGGAAUAUUCUCUGUGAUCACGAAAGAAAAGGGUUCGCACUCAACACAAUGUUGAUCAAGAACGAAAAGAAGCUGUUGAUAUGUGUCAGAUCUCAGAUUCGUUGUAGAGAUCCCGCGCAGGGCUUUGAAGGCGAAAAAGUGUCGCGGAGUGCAAAGUGGAGAUUGAUUUCCAUUUCUACAGGAACUCCUCUGGCAAGAGGCAUACCGAUUGCAUCAGAAAGAGCCACUUCAUAUGAAAAGGAGCAAAGAGGCAUUUUCGUGUGGACGAGAGAGUUGUGUUUUCCCGUAGUCCCUGUCACAACCUCUGAGCGAGCAACCGAGGCACCCUGCACCAGCAGAUCACCUUGACAGCGAAAAGCUUCAUUUGGCAAAAACAGGCAAAGCCAGUGGAAGGGUAAUUUCCGCAGGGCGGUCCAUCACGCAAACGCAGCAGAGUCUUUCUUGCCGUGAAGCUAUGGAAACAGUUUUCGGGAGCGGAGUCCACCUUUACACGAAGCAUCGCAAUAUUGGAUACCAAUGGCCAGAGCAGAGUGUGCAGCCUCCAUGUUUUGUAGGGGGAUUUGUUUCUAGAGGUCGAACACUAAUCUGGGAAGACGUCUGCGCCUUCGUUUUAAAAAACAAUAUCCGAUCUGUUUGUUGGAGUCCGGGACUCAACCCAAAGUGUAUUUGCACACGCAAACUGAACUUGGUCGAAAUGGUCCAAUAUUCUCCUUCCGUGACACCACAAGAUGGAAGGUGCGUUGACAAUACCUGUUGCCUCAGAGAAAGCUCUUCCAAGAGCGUUGUUUUCUGAAUGUUCU